CUAUCUCUUUAGCUAUUUCUUCUUAUAAUGUCUUUACAAAAAAAAACUUGGAGGCUAAAGUUCGUUUUUCUUUUACUGAUAAAGAUUUAAAUCUUUUAUUAAAAUCUUCACUGGAACCUUCACGCGGUCAACUAGUGCUCGUAGGAGAAACCAAUUUCUUUACACCGGGAGACUUGAAAUUAUUUCAAGUACAAAGAAAUCACGUUUUUGGAUAUAUUACAAGCUUAGAUGUUUUACAAAAAACCAUUGUAGUGGCUGUUAGUAAGGAUAAUUGGAAUUUAAAUCUUUUGGGUAGAAGUUCUUUAGAACUAGUUGUAUUAAACGCUUCCAUUACAAUGCCUGUACGUGUAUUCCAUGCGAUGGGGAAAAAGAAGCUUCCAUCUUUUAUAAAUGAACUUUUAACGGGCCAACAGCGUUCCCCAUCGCCGUCUGCAGUUCCAGUUGAGACACACAAAGCCAUACACUAUCCUUAUUUAGAAACCUUAAACAACUCGCAGAGGCAAGCUGUGGUAAAUGUUCUUCAGUCAGUGGUUGCCCCUUCACCGGAUUAUUCGGGCCUUCAACUUAUUAAAGGCCCUCCAGGAACUGGGAAGACCUCCACAAUUGCAGCUUUGUUAAAAUGUCUGCUGGUUACUGGAAAUAAGCGUAUUAUGGUGACGGCUCCCACUAAUUGUGCCGUUAGCGAACUUUUAAGGAAGCUAAUUUUUGCUAUCGACCAGCACCCUAAAGUUUCAUGUAAGCCGACAGACUUACUUCUUGUCGGUUUUGAAAAAAAAUAUAUAAAAGAGCACGGAGUGCAUUCUUUUUUACUGGAAAGUCGGUUAGAAGUUGUUGAAUUUAAUUUGAAUCAUUUGUCCCAGUUGAGUAAACCGCUUGAGCAUCUUUUAGAUGAAAAAGUGAUAAAUUCUUAUUAUAAUUUCUUUAAAAAGAAAUCAGUUAUUGAAGAAGAAAAUGCUAAAAUUUUGGAACCUGAGUUUAAAGUUGAACUUGAGAAAAUUUUUACCGAAAGUCCUUCAGACGAUCUUAAUUACUUCUGGGCUGAGUGCGUUUUAGAGCCAUAUUCAAAAUUAAUAAAAGAACUGGAAUCGAUUUGCUAUCAACUGCCCAAUUUUCGUCCAAAGAAUAAAGGAAAAGAAAAGUCACAAGCAAGCUUUAAUGAAGUUUUGGUACACUUACGGAAGAAGAGAGAUAUCCUUACGCAACACACUCUUACCCCGUCCGUGGCGAAAAGCUUACUUUCAGUUAUACAGGAAAUAAAAAGUUUAGAAAUUAGAGGACAGUUAAAGUCAUACUUAUUUAAUUCUGCUAAAAUUGUUUUCUCGACUGUUGCCGUAGCAGGGAGAGAUAUUUAUGAGUUUGGCCGUUUUUUUGAUAUCGCUGUCGUUGACGAGGCAACUCAACUUCCUGAGCCUCUAUUAUCUAUAAUAUUAUCUCAGCACCGCCUAAAAUGUCUGGUUUUAGUCGGAGACGAAAAGCAAUUACCGCCUCAUAUUUUUUCAACACAACUUAAAGAUCUCGGCUACAGUAGUUUAUUUCAGAGACUUAUCAAUCUUGGCCAUCCCCAUUCUCUUCUCGACGUACAGUACCGCAUGCAUCCCUUACUAAGCCGCUGGCCUUGCAAGAAAUUUUAUGAAGGCAAGAUCACAGAUGGCCCAAACGUUAUUUCUGAACUUUACUCGAGUGCGUCUUUACCUAAUUAUAGUAACAUCAUGGUUUUUAAUAUGGGAUAUACAAGCCCUGAAACGGCCGGCAAAGAACGAAGUUUUUAUAAUAAAGGAGAAAUUAAUUUGGUCAGAAAAAUAGUAAAAACACUAUGCCAUGCUAAAGCAAGCAAUAAGAAUAGUGUUAUAAAAACGAUCGGGAUUAUUUCUCCGUACCAGUUACAAGUAGACAAACUGAACGACUUGGUCAAUUACAAGACGGAAGAAGUUGGUGGUGACGUUUUAGUGCGCGUUAAUACAGUUGACGGUUUUCAGGGUCAAGAAUGUGAUGUUAUUAUAUUAACAACGGUUCGCUCUAAUAGAAAAAAAAAUAUUGGAUUUUUAGAAGAUGCAAAUAGACUCAACGUGGCUUUAACGAGGGGUAAGUACUUCUUGCUGGUCGUAUGCAGUUUGAAUACGCUUUCUAAGCAUGCUUUAUGGCAAAGUUUUUUUAGUUAUGUCGCCAAUUACGGGGAGCUUAUACCUCCUUCUGGAGUACAGAAAUUUAUGAAGCUUAAUAAAUAA